AUGGAGAUCACGAGCAGCAAUAACAGCUGCAGCAGCAUGAUGUGGUUUUUCAAAGAUAAGGGGUUUGAUGACAACAGUGUGCAAGGAAUUUUCCGAAGGUGCAGGCGCCUCGAGGAUGUGCAUCAGGAAAGAGCAAGUGAAAAUUGGGAGUAUUUGAGAAGCAUUGGCAUUGAAGAAAGAAAAUUGCCCUCAAUUGUUUCAAAAUGCCCUAAGAUUCUUGCGCUGGAUCUUUAUGACAAGAUUAUGCCCACGGUUGAGUGUCUCAGGACACUGGGAACAAAACCACGCGAGGUUGCUACUGCCAUAGCCAAGUUCCCUCAUAUACUCUCAAAUAGUGUGGAAGAGAAGCUUUGUCCCCUUUUGGCUUUCUUUCAGGCUUUGGGUAUCCCUGAAAAGCAUAUUGGGAAAAUGAUACUGCUCAACCCUAGGCUUAUCAGCUACAGCAUUGAAACAAAGCUGACUGAAAUUGUGAACUUCCUUACUAGCCUUGGCCUCAAUAAGGAUGGAAUGAUCGGAAAAGUUAUUGUCAAGGACCCCUAUAUUAUGGGUUAUAGUGUUGAGAAAAGACUCCGCCCUACUUCACAGUUCCUCAAGUCGAUAGGUCUGAGUGAGCAGGAUCUUCAAGCAGUGGCUCUGACCUUCCCAGCAAUCUUGAGUAGAGAUGUGAACAAGCUUUUGGUACCCAAUUAUGUGUAUCUAAAGAAAUGUGGAUUUCAAGACAGACAGAUAGUUGCUUUGGUGGUUGGUUUUCCUCCUAUCCUGAUCAAGAGCAUCCAGAAUUCGUUAGAGCCGAGGAUGAAGUUUUUAGUAGAUGUAAUGGGAAGACAAGUUGAUGAAGUUGUUGAUUAUCCUUGUUUCUUUCAUCAUGGCCUGAAGAGAAGAAUAGAGCCACGGUACAAACUUCUAAAGGCGAGGAAUUUAAGUAGUAGUAGCUUGAGUGAAAUGUUGGAUUGCAAUAAGAAGAAGUUCUUCAUGAAGUUUGGCUUGUCAGAAGGACAUGGCUUGAUUGACUAG